AUGGAGAUUAUCUCCCGAGAGGUGAUACACAGUCUUUGGGGAGGUCAACAUGUGGGGUGGAAGUAUAAAGGCUCUAAUGGUUUGUCGGGAGGGAUGCUAAUGAUGUGGGAUAGGAGGGUAGUGGAGUGUAAGGAGGAAUGUGUGGGUCAUUUCACUUUGGCUUGUACUUUUCAAAAUGUAGAGGAUAGUUGGGUGUGGGCGUUUGGGGGAGUGUAUGGGCCGAAUGAGGAAGUGGAGAGAAGGGCACUUUGGGACGAAUUGGCUGGUUUGAUGAGGGUUUGGGAGGUCCCUUGGUGGAAUGAGGAGGUCUUUGGGGAUAUUGGGAGGAAAAAGGAGUUAUUGGGAGAUAUCCAAGAUUUGGAUGAGUUGGCAGAAUCGAGAGGCUUAGAUCAAGAGGAGAAAAUCCGGAAGGUGGACAAGUUGAAAGAUUUGGAGAAUACAUUGUACAAUCGUGUGGAAGUGCUUCGUAUUAAUGGUGCUUUAUCCGAUGAUCCAGUUGAGCCCAUUAGCCUGGUGGGAGGGGUGUACAAAAUUGUGUCUAAGGUUCUUGCUAAUAGGAUGAGAACUGUUUUGGGUAAGGUCAUUUCCUAUUCUCAAAAUGCUUUUAUUGGGGGUCGGCAAAUCCUAGAUUCCGUUCUUAUUGCAAAUGAAUGUGUGGAUAGUCGCAUGAAAUCAGGGGUGCCAAGUGUUCUUUGUAAAUUGGAUUUGGAAAAGGCCUACGACCAUGUAAAUUGGGACUUUGUUUUGUAUUUGCUGCAUAGAUGUGGUUUUGGUGGGAGGUGGAGGGCUUGGAUAGAAUGGUGUAUUAAGACGGUAAGAUUCUCCAUUCUUGUGAAUGGUUCUCCGAAAGGGUUCUUUAACAGUUCGAGGGGAAUCCGGCAAGGGGAUCCUCUCUCACCGUUAUUGUUUGUGCUUGUUAUGGAGGCUUUGAGUAAGAUGGUGAACGCGACGGUUGACCAAGGCCUUUUGACUGGGUUCUCGGUGGGAAAUAGGGUCUUGUCGGAGUUGAUGGUCUCUCACUCCUUAUUUGCGGAUGACACUUUGAUUUUUUGUGAAGAUUCUAUCGAGCAAAUCCGGUAUGUUCGUCUCAUCCUCUUAUGUUUUGAAGCUGUUUCGGGUUUGAGAGUGAAUCUUGGAAAGUCAAAGAUUGUGGUCAUUGGUGAGGUGGAGAACAUUGGGGGUUUAGCUAACAUCCUUGGGUUGAGGGCCUUGUUUGCUAGCUGGUGGUCGGGAGGACGUUCUCGAAGCGUGGUUGUGUGA